GUUUACAGUAACUUAUUCGUUGCGCCGCGCUUUUUAAAAAGGAAAUUGGUAAAUCUAUUUCGAUAAUUCGUUACGUAACAAGACCACCGUUUCACUUUAAUUGAAUCUACUUCAGUUAAAGUGUUUGCUUAGGAUAUCGUCAUUGUUUUUACAAAUUAGCUUAUCGUCGUUACGUUUGAGUAGUUUUUCUGUCAUAUCUGUUCGAGACUAUAAUUUAUGGACGUCCUUUGAACGAAUAGUCAUCAAUUUCCUUCGUCUCCGGAGCUUAUUGUAUCUACUUUCAUUUUGAAAACCUUUGUUUGAUGUCUUGUCAGUGCAGGGAAAAGAAUUGCAACGGUCAAAUUAUCGAUACCUCUUUGAAAGUGGCAUGUAGUGCGACGAGUGCAAAGUAUGGUGUCACGAAGUUUGCACGAUUCUAACACCUAUGGCUUUGAAGCAGUUUGUUAAAUAUGUUUGCAUGUGAUUUUGUCAGCAGUGCUGCUCGGACGCCAACAGCUUGCUAACCAAGGCAAUUUUAAUGGUCAGUGCUGCUAAAAAGUGUAUUAGCAAACGAGGUCGAGACACAUCGGACAGUAAUUACUCUGUUGACACACAAUUUGAUGUGAAUUCACUUUACGUAAGCUCUGUAAUAGUUGACUUACAUGGGUUAAAGGAAGGAAUUCCCUCCUUUAAGACUUACUUCAAAGUGGUCUGUCCUAAAUAAAAACAAGGAAGGAAGUUUCCUCUGUCCGCUGUGCUCUAAGUGGAAGCCGGCUGGAAACGCCUAAGAAACUCGAUCUCAAGGCCAAGUCUGUUUCUAGCAGGAAAAACAACCUGAUUGCCUAAGUAGUCGAUAAUCUUCCAGAAUCCUAUAGUGUUUGACGCGACUGCGGUUGCUACUACAACGGAAGUUGAUGAAUGGUUACAGGUCGAGAACAAGAAACGACAUAACGCUAUUAAAAGAAAGCUACACCCCCGAAAAAAGCGAAGAAAUCAAAGACUGAUCAUAAUGACAGAUCAUUUAUCUUUCAUAGAAUUAAGGAGAGUGAAUGCUCAGAACCUAAAAGUCGUUUUGAUCAUGACAUUAGGUUGUUAAAACAGCUACUAAAGCAGCUUAUGCCUCAAGAUAUCUCCGGUGUCACCUUGCUAAAGGUGUUUAGACUAGGUAGCCAAACGAGUAUGAAACAGAAUGAAACCAGGCUGCUUAAAGUAAUAUUUAAAUCUCCCAAUGAAUGGGACUUAGUACUACAAAAUAGACAUAAACUAAAGGGGCUAGGAGUUUUAGUCCGUAAGGACUUGCCGCUCUCAGGUGUUGUGAAAAGGCGAGAAGCCGAAAAAGAACUAAAACUUAGGUUUAAAAGCUGGCGACAAGGACCAAAAAAUUGUAAAUUUUCGGGUUGUGAGGCCUCGUCAAAGAACUAUUCUGAAGCCACUAUGGGUGCGGCACGGAGCCAUCUAAAUAGGCUUCACAAAUACCCGGAGCUUGCUCAAUAAGCGGUCGGAACUAGAUGUACAGAUUGACUCUACCGAGCGGAUGUAACCACAGUCACAGAAACUUAGCUGAAGCAGCCUAUAGACAGUAUGGAAUUUGAUUUUGAAGGUUUUACAUUAGUAAGAGCCGACAGAGUCCAGAAGCGUAAAGGAGGGAAAGUAGCUCUUUUCAUUAGGAAUACUAUCCCAUCCACCAUUAUCGUCAGUAUCCCAUGAGAGUCGGACGUGUGAAUCAGUUAGUUGCCGCUUAAAAUGCAAAAACAAGAACUGCUGAUUGGUUUGGUCUACCGCAGUUCAAGGUGUUUGGUAAAUGAGGUCUUGCUAGACGGUCUCAAUACUUGGUCACAAAGUGGUCGAUGUCUAAUCCUAAGAGACUUUAUUUAGUGCACUUGCGAUAGAAUGAAAAAAUCUGAGAACUGGAUUGUCAGAAAAUUCCUUCGAGCAUGAACUAUUUGAUUAGGUUACCAUAUGUGUCCCAGCGCAACAUGCAAGAGAAGCGACUAGGUACAACCCAGAUUCUGAACCAUCCUUACUAGAUCUUGUAUUGACCCAUUAUGAGAAUGACGUCAGUAACCUCGAUUACAUGCCAUUUCUAGGUAAAAGUGAUCAUAUAGUUCUAAUCUUUGACUUUAUAUAAUUGUCAAAAACGAGCACGCAUCAGUCCGACGCAGACCUAACCUCUAGACAGAAAAUAUAGAAGACAUUAUGCACUCAGCAUCCUUAGUAGACUGGACAAUAGAGCCAGAGUCGCCAAUUGAAACAGCUUGGGAUGUAUUUCGAAAUUUGUACUUAAAAGUCAUCACACCGCUCAUCCCUUGGACUACACGAAGGGGUCCGAUAAAUUCCUCCCCCUUAUUCAGUACUUCUCCGCAAAAGAAGAACCUGGGACAGAUUUAGGUUAUUGGGGACUGAUGAGACAAACUAUCAAUAUCGAGAAGCUAGGAAUACUUGUGCCUCGACCUUCCGUUAGUCUGGAAGGCUGUACGAAGAAAAAAUCGUUAAGGAAUCUAUAGAAUGCCCUAAACGCUUGUAUUCGUAUAUAAACCAAAGGACUAAAAGAAGAGGAAAUAUUCCAGCACUGUGGGUAGACAGUAGUGCUUCAUCAUCAGAGGAGGUUGACUAUGGUAAAGCUCAAGCAUUCUCAAAGUACUUUAGAAAUGUUCACACUGUAGAAGCACCCUUCUCGUCAGUCCAUACAAAUCCCCCAUACACACUGGACAACGUGACCAUUAAAGAAUUCGGUCUUUUUGGUCUGCUAAAUAAGCUGAAUAUAAGCAAAUCCACGGGACCUGAUGAAAUACAUCUUAGGUUACUAAAAGAAUUAGCUAACUUUGUCGCGAGUCCCUUGAGUAUAUGCUUUAAUUUAUCAGUAACCCAAGGUUGAUUACAAAGAGACUGGAAGAAUGCCAUAGUAAGUCUUGCCUUCAAAACAGGUACGAAACAUAAACCUGAGGACCACCGACCUGUUAUUAGAAUUUUAAAAAAGAUCAUUCAGAAGAGCUGCUUAAAUAUCUCGAUGAAGACUGAAUCCUUUCGGAAAAGCAGCAUGAUUUUAGAAUAGGUUAUUCUUGUCUCACUAACUUAUUAGGGCUCAUGAAAGUUAGUGCGCUCUUAAAGACCACAAGUUACCUAUAGACGCAGCCUACAUUGACUUCAGCAAAGCUUUCGACAAGGUUUCUCACAACCGGCUGUUAUAUACGCUAAGAAAUGUCGGGAUUGGAGGCAAUCUAUUGAUGUGGAUAAAAGACUUCCUAGUUGGGCGCCAACAAAGAGUACAGGUGAACUCCGAGUUGUCUAGCUGAGAAACUGUGCUUAGCGGAGUGCCUCAUGGUACAGUUUUGGGGCCAGCGCUAUUCCUCUUGUAUGUAAAUGACCUUCAUCGUCUCCUAUCAUAAUCGGUCUUCUUAUAUGCUGACGAUGCCAGGAUAUGGAGAGUGAUAAGAUGUAAGGGUGACAGCUUAGAACUCCAAAAUGACAUGGGAAAAUUAUCUGAAUGGUCUCAAACUUCGCAGUUGCCGAUAAACACUUCGGAGUUCAUUGUGAUGCAUAUUGGUCGUCAAGGUACAGAUACAUACAUGAUGAAUAACAUCGAGCUACCUGUCGUCCAGACAUACAAUGACUUAAGAGUCAUCGUUAGUCAAGAUUUAAAAACUACUGCAAACUGCCUCGCGAUAGCCACCAAAGGCUUUAGAACCCUAUGGUCAACAGAUAGGGUCUAUAGCCAUGUUGACGCUAAGACAUUUUAGACUUUGUAUACAGUAUUCGUGCGUUCUAAACUUGAGUACUGCAUACAAGCGGCUAGCCUCUGCUUAAAAAGGACAGUGAGUUUUUGGGAAAGGUUCAGAGAACAGCAACUAAACUGAUUUCCGGGGUAGCGAAGCUGUCAUAUGUUGUUCGACUGGCUAAACUAAACCCUUUUCUAUUGUCAUAUCGAUGAACUAGAGGUGACUUGAUUACAGUUUUAAAAUAAUUUAGUAAUAAAUUUACAUUUGAUACACCCUCGUUUUUCUUGUCUUCCAAAAUAGAGGAUUUAUAAGGACACUCCAAAAAAGUUCACAAACCCAGAACAAAUUACUUGUCAGCUGACUUUCGCAUCGAAUCAUCAACGAGUGAAAUUCAUUACCUCAGCUCGUGGUUGAAGUUCCAUCUGUCGACUCUUUCAAAAGAAAGUUGGAUCAACUAAGGGAUCAUCAUUGCCAGGACUAACACAGGCCAUCAAGCCUCCUGUCCUUUCCAAACUGAAACUGAAACAGCAACUGAUUUUCAAAAAGUGUAACAGUACCACAUCAUGAAGAAAUAUUCAUGUUUAUUGGAGGGAACCACGUUUUCUGAUCGAAAUUCGGGGUUUGUAUUUACUAAUGAAUCGUCUGGUCCUUCUGAGAGCUUUAGUACAGACUUACUCGCACAAUUUACUUUGAAUAAAUACUCUGAUCAAAGUGAUUAUUCUUUUUCAGAUGACAGUAAUCAAUAUUCAUCACUUCUGAGUUAUGAGACACCCUGUGAUACACAGCAAGGAACAGUUCGGGAUAGUGAUGAUCACAAGUCAAAGCUUAUAACACGGAAAGAAUGUUCUGGAGUUAGUAAUGUACUAUCAUCUCAUUGUGCAAGCUCACUUUCUAACUUGGCUAGAAAUCGUUCUAACAGGACAGCAUCAUCGAAAUGUACUCCAGUAUUUUAUGAAAAACAUACAGAUGACAGUGGAAAACGAAGGUCUGGUUCCUGUAACUUUGUGUUUGAUGAUAAAGGCCGUAUUAUUUUUUCUAGGCAGUAUGAGUGUCUAUGUUCCCUCUGUUUCAUUUCUCGUAUAAUGAAAUCCGAAAAAUAUAAGACCAGAAACAUAAGGAAACAAAGCAAAACUGUGCUAGACACAGAUUAUCAUCCUGUUAAUUUAAGAAGAAAAGUAUCAACCAAACAAUUUAAUACUAGUAAUGAACAAACAGAUAAUCGAUCAUCAUCCAAAGUUUCACUUCAUGGUGGGUGUUCACCUUCCUCAGAUUUGUAUGAUAUAACAGAAUGCUUGAUCAGUGAAUGUGUUCGUGACCAUUUAUUGAUCAAACCUGUGAUCGCUAAAAAUGACCAUAACGUAACUAUAAGCUCAAACAGUGAUGUAGUGAAUAACGCUGAAUGUCUACACAAUUCGAAUGAUAAACUGUCGGCAUGGGGAUGUUGGUUGUUAGAGAAAGAAAAACAGAAACGAGAACAAAGAAAAGAGUCAAAAAAGAAACAGAUUGAAGAAAUUCAAAAGAGGAAUCAAUUAUUGGUGCAAAAAAUAAAUCGUAGAAGGUUUGUUGAACAAAAAUAUAAAGAAUGGAUUGAAGCAAAACAAAAAGAAAGAAUAAAAAUAAAAAAACUUUUAGAGAUAGAGAAGAAAAAUGAAGAAUCAAAAAAACUACAAGAAUUACUUGAACACGUAAGUUAUAACUUUUAUUUAUCCUUUUUAACAUAUAGAUGCAAUACAUUGACUUGUUAAUACUUUCUUUGACUAAGAAUAUAUUUUACAUUUUGUGACUUUAGAUUAACAAUUUAGUGAAAUUGCUAUAUGUAUUAAAUAAUUCUGUGUGUUCACUGUACAGACUUUUAUUCGAGUCUGUAUUUUUGUAAAAUAAGUGUAAGUUAUUCUCAUUUCAUUGUUUAGCACUUGAUAGAUCAAUUAUAAAACGUGAUCAUUUGAUAUGUCUGUUAGAAAUAUACCACUUCAUACUAUAAUUCAUAUCGAUAACCUGAAUAAGAUGUAUUAUGAUCAACAAAGUUGGAACAGAAGCAACUAUCUGCCAGUAAUAUUAAAUACUGAUUACAUUUUAUUGUAAAUUGACUUAGUUUGAUUUUUACUCAGUGAUGCUUUACCUGUGAAAAGAUCGGGACGCCGUAGGUUUAAAUUCUUAUAAAUUUGUAGGUAGAGAGUCUCGAAAUAAUUGGAAACAGUUGACAAAUACUGUUAUGACUUGACCUAGCCGUCGUCAAUUUGUUAUGUUUUUGACCUAGGCUGCAGCCAAUUGUUAUGACUUGAUCAAGGUCGUCGCUGAUUCGUUAUGACCUUACGAAUUUAACAAGGACGUAAUUCGCGUAAAUUAUCCACCAAUAGAAUACGCCUUCUACGACCUUCACACUGUGACAAUGACGUUCGAUUAAUAUGAGUAAUCUAGCGUCCUUAUU